AUGGUUGGCAUUACAGCUCCCUCUGCUAAUAUCAAUGUAAUUGGAAUGACGCAGUACAGAAGAAGGUGCUUGAAAGCAACAGAAAAUGCUUCUCAUGGAGUAACACUGCAGGAUAUUGAAGAGUUCCACGGUAGGGAGUCAGCACCUCACUGGACUUCUUUGCAACUGCCUGAGGACAAUUUCUAGACCACAGCAAUCGGCAUCAAUAGAAAAACCAAGAACCAAAAAAUCAUACCAAGCAGGGUUCAAAGGGAAAAAAUACAGUACUGGUCGAUGACUCCACCCCAAAUGAAUGGUGUGUAGUACCUGUCCCCUUGGCUCAGAGUAUUUGUGUGUGACGUUUGAUUUCCUGACCAGCAAAAGUGGAAUGUGGCCAUAAAACUAGUUUAAGAUGAAGAAAUGCAGAGACAACAUUCAGUAACACAAGCAAAUCGAUCCUGCCAUACGUAUCCUUUGGGUCAAGAUACCAGUGCUAUGUAAGAGGACACUAGAUGCAUGUGUAAAGUCUAUAGUGUCUUCUGAUUCCUUUCUCCUUGGACUCCUCUUGCUGAAGACUGGCUGGGUUUGUUGUGUGACUAUUUACUGGUGGAAAUUGCAUCCUGGCCUUCAGUGCUGUCAUUCAUGGGAACCUGCAACUUGAACUUUGGAAGAAAUUAAAAGACUAGCGGAAGAAAUUAAAAGACUAGCAGAAGGAAAAAAAGAUAUUACUCAUGAAAAAAUGUCAACAAAUGAGCAAAGUCCUCGGCACAGUAAAGCCAGGACCAUGCAACGAGCCUCAACGUUCGAUCUGUCUUCAGAUAUGUUAAGUUUAUCACUGGCAGCUAACAGCCAGGAUCCAGAUGAACCUAUUUUGGAAUUUAGUUUAGCAUGCAGUGAGUUGAUCACUCCCUCCUUGGACCGGAAGCCUAAUAGUUUUGUAGCAGUAAGCGUGACAACCCCUCCACAAGCUUUCUGGACAAAGCAUGUGCAAACUGAGAUAAUAGAGGGUACCAACAAUCCCAUUUUUCUAAGCAGUGUUGCAUUUUUCCAGGACUCCCUCAUUAAUCAAAUGACACAAAUGAAACUUUCAGUGUAUGACGUCAAGGACAGAUCUCAGGGAACUAUGUAUCUGUUGGGUUCUGCAACAUACGUGGUAAAGGAUUUGCUAAAGGAAAAGAAUCACAGAUUGCACCUGACACUACGGUCUGCUGAAAAUGAGCGUGUGGGUAAUAUUACUGUGAUAGCAUGGCAGAUGGAAGACAAAGUUGAAGACAAGAUUCCUGUGAGCAGAUCACCUGAUACCAUAAAUGGAAGGACUGUGUUGCCAGUUGAUGAAAGCUUAACGGAAUCUUUGAGUAUUCGCUCAAAACACUCUUCACUGAAGAAAGAUGCACUAUUAAAAUCAGUGUUUGGAGGGGUUAUCUGUCGGAUGUACCGUUUUCCUACAACGGAUGGGAACCACCUACGGAUACUGGAACAGAUGGCAGAGAGCAUGUUAUCACUUCAUAUCCCCAGGCAGUUUGUCAAAUUGGUCAUUGAAGAGGAUGCAGCAAGGAUAUGUGAGCUGGAUGAUCUGGGUGAGCUGUCACCCUGCUGGGAGAAUCUUCGACGGCAGAUAGUUACUCAGUACCAAACUCUAAUAAUAAAUUACCAGGAGAAUUUAACAGAAUUGCACCAAUAUAAAGGUCCAUCUUUCAAAGCAAGCAGUUUAAAAGCUGAGAAGAAAUUAGAAUUUGUACCCACAAAUUUGCACAUACAGCGGAUGCGAGUUCAAGAUGACUCUGGCGCAGAUCAGACCUAUGACAUCAUUACUAUUGGGGCACCUGCAGCGCACUGCCAGGCCUUCAAAACAGGUGGCUUAAGGAAACUUCUGGUCAAGUUUGUGGAAGCCAAGAAAAAUUCAUCAUCUAGUUCCCAGUCUAUAGUAUACAUACCACAAGAUAUAGUAAGAGCUAAAGAAAUUAUAGCAAGUAUUAAUACCCUUAAAACACAAGUCAGUUACUAUGCAGAACGACUAUCGAGAGCAGCCAAGGAAAGAUCUGCAAAUGGCCUUGAAAGAACACUGGCAAUACUGGCAGACAAGACGAGGCAACUGGUCACCGUUUGUGACUGUAAAUUACUGGCAAAUGCUGUUGAAGCCCUUAAUGCUGCCAGACCCAACUAUAUUGCUUCCAAAUCAUCCCCGUCAGGAGAAGCAGACCAAGUGAUGCUCCGGAAUGACCAAGACACCCUCAUGGCUAAAUGGGCAGGCAGGAACAGUCGCUCUUCCCUGCAUAUUAGCUGGCAUGAGGAGGAAUGGGAGAAAGUGUGGCUUAAUGUUGAUAAAAGUUUGGACUGUAUUAUUCAGAGAGUAGACAAACUUCUCCAGAAGGAGCGGUUACGCAGCGAGAGCAGUGAAGAUGUCUUUCACUGUGACACUACUUCUGCCAGCAAGAAAGGUAACCUAGAGCAUCGAGCGUACUGGAUAAAUCCAGGGGCCUUAGAUGAGAAAUGUUCUCAAUCUCCACCAUCAUGUCGUUCUUCCAAUAAGAGAGCUGCGUAUUGCCACUCCACUGCAGAGGAGCCCUCUGAAGGUGAGUGGAGUGAAGCACUUUAUCCUUUGCUGACGACACUCACAGACUGCGUAGCCAUGAUGAGUGACAAAGCAAAGAAAGCAAUGGUCUUUCUCCUGAUGCAAGAUAGUGCCCCUACAAUAGCAAUGGACUUGACCAUACAGCACCGCAGAGAUGUGGUCUUUUGUCAGACUCUAACAGCCCUUAUCUGUGGGUUUAUCAUCAAACUAAGAAACUGCCUUCGUGAUGAUGGAUUUUUGCGCCAGCUUUACACUAUUGGCUUGUUGGCACAAUUUGAAGGUCUUCUAAGCACUUAUGGGGAGGAACUCGCUAUGCUUGAAGAUAUGAGUACAGGAAUUUCGGAUUUACGGAAUGUGACUUUUAAGGUAAUCCAGGCUCUCUCUACUUCAUCAGUUGACAUGCUGCCAGUCAUUACUGGAAAUAGAGAUGGGUUUAAUGUGCGAAUUCCACUGCCAGGCGCUAUGUUUGAUGCCUUACCUCGGGAAAUACAGAGUGGAAUGUUACUUCGAGUGCAGCCAGUGCUAUUUAACGUGGGGAUCAAUGAACAACAAACACUUGCUGAAAAAUUCGGAGAUACGUCCUUGCAAGAAGUAAUUAAUGCAGAGAGUUUGGGCCGCCUGAAUUCCUACUAUGAACAGUUCAAGGAGGUUCUGCCUGAUGAUUGUCUACCUCGAUCCCGGAGUCAGACAUGUCUGCCUGAACUGUUGAGAUUUCUUGGCCAAAAUGUCCAUGCAAGGAAAAACAAGAAUGUAGAUAUCCUUUGGCAAGCUGCUGAGAUUUGUCGUAGAUUAAAUGGUGUUCGAUUUACAAGCUGUAAAAGUGCCAAGGACCGGACAGCUAUGUCAAUCACUCUGGAACAGUGCCUGAUCCUGCAGCAUGAGCAUGGCAUGGCUCCUCAGGUCUUCACGCAAGCCCUGGACUGCAUGAGGAGCGAGGGAUGUCGCCGAGAAAACACCAUGAAGAAUGUUGGAUGUCGCAAGUACGCAUUUAACACUCUACAGUUGAAGGCUUUUCCAAAACAUUACAGGCCACCAGAAGGAACCUUUGGAAAAGUCGACAGUUAAAAUUAGGAAAAAGACCUUAACCAAACGUCACUCCCAUGAAUGACUACUCGUUUAUAGUGAUAGCUGUGGGGAUUUUUACAAUGAAAUGUGUAUAGUGAACAUAGCUGUCAACCAAAAAAAAAGUAGUUUGUUGAACAGUUAAAUGUUUCUUGAAGAUGCAAAUGUUCCACAGAAUCAUCCAAAUUGGUCUUUUUCCUCUAUAAAUGUAGAGCAUGCUCUUUUGGCUAGUUUGUCAAGAUGUACUAUAAUAUAUGAUAGAGUAGAUUGUGGGGUUACUAUUUUAAAGCAAUCUGCAUAUUUAAAAAAAAUUAGAACUACAGCAGUAUAUGGGAAGUCCUUCCUCUGCACAAUCUUGUCAGUACAGUCUGGCUGGACAGUGUGGGCAUUAUUUGGAGUUGAGUGCAAACUAUUACAACUGCAUGCACAUUUCAGAUGGUUUGCUAGAAACUUGGCCUCAUGUUUUAAAAGAACAGAUGGUGCUUAUUUUGAAGAUGUGCUGAUGUUGGCGACUGGCAGUGAAAUAGUUGCUUAAAUUCUCCAUUUUACUGACAGUCAUAUAGAUGCAACGAUGAUGUGGCUUUCCACAGACUUCCCAAAUUACAACAAUAAGUGCAGCUUUACAGAAUGUAUGUAUCUAUGUACCUGCUUCUUAUUCAAAGCAGGAGAAGUACAGAAUCAGUAAUGUGUUGUAGGAAAUGGGUGUUGUUUAGUCAGAGAUAGAAACAAGUUUUCUCCUAAAGCAUUGUUUAUGUGAGAAAUGUGAAUGCAGAAAGAGUAAAGAGAGAUUUUAAGAGUUGCUCUGACAGUGCAAAAUCUUGAUUGCAUUAAGAAUAUGUACAUGAGGUAAGUCAUGGGUGAGAAACUACCAUGGAAUACCAUACUGGCAUUCAUUUCUCUGCCUCACUCCACUUGCUUCACAUUAGGAACAUGCAGAUUCGCUUUAGAUGUUUUGUCACCAUUCCAGAUACUGCAGCCAGAUCCCUUUAUACUUGCUGUUGCCCAAAUCAUAUUGCAAUUCACGUUGCCUAAUCUUGUGCUAACAAAUCAUGUUAUCUCUUGUCCUAUUAUAUAUGCCCUUGUACAAAAAUGCUUGCUUUGCAUUUUUUUUUGCUUUGCAAUGACAUUGUAUUCUUUUAAUCAUAACCCCAGUUAAAAAUUUCAAACCAACUGCCAAAAAAGGAAUGUAGACAGACCCUAUUGGAAAUGAUUGAUUAAAUAUGACUUUAGGUCUGAUGAACGUAUUUCAGUGAACUUGGUCUAUUCUUAACGAAAUCUUCAUGGUUGUUGCACAGCAUUUUUGUUUCCUUGCAGAAAGAAUGUUCUCAACUACCUUGAGAAGUGUAUGGGAUUGUCUAAGUGCAAAUUCUGUGGAUCAAUGAAGAGUUAUAACCUCCUCAGAGUAGUUUGGGAAAAUUAGUUUGAUCUCUAGCAUCCAGAAUGCAGUACAUAUCUGCCAGUCUACUUGUAAUUGUACACAUUCCAAGUGGUACUCUGUAGACUUCUGCAAUUAGACAAUAUAUAGGAAUUUUAAAAUUUUUCAUAUUUACUUUCAAAUGCACAUACCUGCAUUAAAGCACUUAAGUCACAGAGGGCUCUUGUAUGUAAAGCCCCAAGUAAAUCAAGUCAAAGGCAUUUUUAUUACACUUAAUUUUAAGGGAAUUAUACGUGAAUUUAAUUUAUAGUGUUUACGAAGUUUUUAACCUUUUUAUGUAGAAUAUAUUCAUUGCUGUUUUACAAGAUGCAAGAGAAAGAUGGCACUGAAACUAAUUGAAUAAGAAAACUGUAGAAGGAAAUUUGUAAAACUUUGCAGUUUCUGCUGCUCCAAUUCCAUUGCAUAUGAAGAUUUUCCAUGCACCAUUGCAGAGGAUAGAAUUAUAAAACCCAAACAACAAGAGCUUUACCAGAAGAAGGUGCAGAUGAAAUGCAGAUAUGGCUUCACUAAACCAAUUUUCUUUAUGAUUUUGUUCGCAUUUUUUCAAAGUAGCAACUUGUGCAACGUUAGAGUCUUGUCUGAAUUCAAAAGCAUGUCAAGCGUAUGUUCUGCUGAAUAGAGAUUGAUCAGUUUGCAAAACAGACUGUACUUGAGAAUAUUAGUAUAGAUGAGGAAAGUAAGUUGUAUUUGUACACACUUGAUUAUGUUGUAUUAUACUUGCAAAUCCUGUAAAUUAACUGUGUAUUCCAUAUCUUACUGUGAGAUGCAGUUAUGAUUUAAGUUGCACAUUUUUCAUGUAUAUAUUGUAUAUGAAAAUAUCAUUUGGUCUGAAACUUUUCACAUUUUAUGUUACCUUUAAUGAGUUUAUUUAUGUUUUGCAGUUAUCAAACUGUUAGAUGUAUCUUACCUGUAGGAUUAUUUUUGUUUCCUACAAUUACAUUAGAUUCAAGUAAGUUGUAAUAAUAUGCUUCUCACCUGUGGUAUGAAAUAUUAAAAAGGAAACUGACAAGUCGCUUAUCUUCAACUGUGCUCCAAGUCUUUGUUAGAUACACCAAGGUAUUUGUAGAUAUAACUUACUGCUCUUUGAAUUUCUGUUGGACAAUAUUUUAGUACCAUAUUAGGGGAAGAUAUUUCAAUAAUAGAUCUCAUCAAACCAGAAACCUGGUCUGUUCUGAAUUACCAGGGCAACAGACAAGGUAUUGCAAUUAGCCUUUGUCUAAAAAAUCACCCAAGGUUCCCAUUCCCAUUGCUCUUGGUGGUAAAUUAUAUUAUUAUUGAUUAUUACCAUUAGGUUUGAUCAUGGCAAGACUCAUAUUCUGUCUCCAAAUGGCUCCAGCAGCAAUGUUGGAUCAACUCAGAACCAAGACAUUGACUUCUUAUCUCUGGAUAUACAAUUAAAUGGCCAUGUACUAAUUAAAGGCAUCCUGGCAAUGAAUGCAGUACCACAGCAACUUUUAUUGACACUGUUCCUUUUUGUAAGGUUUAUUUCCUCACUGAAGGAUGAUUCCAAGAGAAGUGGGAUUUGUCUGUUACCCCAGCAUUUGUCUGUGAGUAGUAACAUUAGAUGUUGCUUGAUUAUUUGCACAGGGACAUAUUUCACAGUUCAGCAUAAGCAUGUCCUCAGCCAUUGUACCCCAAUCCACACAUGCAAGAAUUGGGCUGCAGUCUCAGGCCAUUUUUUACCUCCCUGACCCAGGGCUGUAGAAGAUGGGGGUGUCCACUUUGUACAUCCUGCUCAGGUAUUCAUUGAAUAAGUAUGCACAUUGGGAAAGCAGUCUUCCGAUGCCCUCAAGGAGUUUAAUUUCCUUCAGUUAUGACUAUUUUUAAGUACUUUUAACUGCUAUAUGUGCCUGAACGAACUAGAUUUAUGAUUUGUCAUAAUAAAUUUGAGUCUUAUGUAUUAGGCUAACCAAUUAUCUUAAUUCAAAACAAACUGCGUUCCAUCGCAUGUUUCCAGCAUACUGUUACAAUGUAGUUCUAUAGUUUACCAAUUGAUAUGGUUAUCAGUAGGUCUGCUUUUUGAGAUCUGCACACCAAAUUACGACCACCAAUGAAUGCAAAAAUAAUCCUAGAAAGAAUUGCAGAAAUGGUAGCAUGAGAAGGUGUGUAGGAUCUGUAUUUUUACCUAAAAUUCCCCGUCUUUUCAGUGAUUUAAUUCUCAAGAAGUAAUGCGUGGUCUUUUUAAUUUAAAAAAAAAUCUAGAUACAUGUUAAGGUGUUAAUCCACCAGCACUUUCCUUUUAAUGUUUUUAUUUUUGGUGCUUGUGUGUUCAUUCUUGAAUCAACUAAAGGAGUAGGGAGCCAGGUGGUCAGAAUUAGCUCUGAUCUCACAGGAUGUUGGAAUGGAGGUUGAACAGCCCAAGACAUCCACAAAUUCGAAUAGCCUUUGAGAAGAAAUGGCCCUAAUUUGGUUUUGAAAACAUAAUUACGAAAUUUUAAAAAUGUAGAAAUAUUUUGGUUACUAGAGAAAUCAUGAUUGCAAAGAUGUGUAAUGAGUUGAUCACAAAUUGCAUAAGGUGGGAUACAACAGAACUGGCUUGACACUUCUGUUGUGACCCACUGUUCUAAGAUACCAAAUUUUGUUCAAUAUUUCUAAUAAUAAUCUUACCUAAAAUAAGUAAAAUUAUUGUAGAUUCAGUCAUUUUUUAUGCAUUAAACCUAUUUUAAGACCAAUUCCUCCACUAUUUUUUUGCUGCUUCUAACAUUCAAGUCACAUGCCUUUUAUUUGUCAUAAGUAUUCUAUAUUCAAGAAUAUUUAGUUCCUACUCCUGUGCCGAGUCACAUCUCUGAUGCUAUUAACUGCCAUUGUACUUUUAUUUUUAUUACUUUUAUGUAUUUUUCUUCCUGGUGUUGGAAUAGUCAUUGGAGGAGCCUACCGCAGGCAGGGGUAGUCAUUUGUGAUGAGGCCUUCAUUGUGGUCAUUUUCAGAUGUUUGAUUUAAAUAUACCUACUACUUAAAGCCCACAUAAAAGAGUGCCAAAGGGUGUACAUGCAGAAGGGAUGUGUUCUGUCUUUUAUUAAAUGGAUAAUCCCACUUCAUAAGUUUGAUACAGAUGAAAAAAUAUCUGUAAAUACUCCACCUUGCCCUAUCAACCCUGACAUCUACCCAUGAUAGUCUUCCAUUUAUUUUAAAAGAACAUCAAUUUAUAUUGGACCGCUUUAUGUUCUUUGAAUGUCCAAAAGCACUUUACAGAGAAUUAUUAUAGUGCUUGCCAACAAAUAGUACGACUUGGCAUGUGAUAUGAGUACAUGUAUUUACAUUUACCUUUUCAUUUAUGUGGUGGUAAUAGGGGAAGAUAUAAAACAGUGUGAACAAUGUUUAAGCAUCAGCUUGUAUGGUUUAAGUGAAUGACACCAUUGUAUGGAAAGCAGCAAAGACAACAUUACGUCCUCUAGACCAGUGAAUGUAAUCAAGAGGACACGCCACAUCAUGGCUAAGAGGAAGCUCUGUUCACCUGUGUUUAGGAUGAAGAACAGUAGCGGGUUUGGUGUACCUCGUGCGAGCUAACGGUCUGUCAACCCACUGGACACCUGACAAACUGCGGAAAGGUCUCGUGUCUGAUAAAUUCGGGUCACGGUUCUAAGUUUGUUGUAAAGUACUGUGAAAUUUAACACUGAUUAGUGUCUUGAGUUGAUGCACAUGAAGUAUAUUUACCUGUAUUGUGUGUAGGUCAUUUAAACUAAAGCUAAUUGAAAUGGUUAAAAUAGAGUUGCCAUAACCUCACUUGUGGCUAAUCAGCAGUAUCUAUUGGACCUUGUGCCCUGAGCUUAACCAAUUUUUGCCUACAAUUUAUUUAGAUCUGGGAAAUUGAUACAACUAAAAUGUAGUUGCUGGGAGAUGUUGCUUUCUGCAGAAAUAAGAAAAUAAGUUCUUACAAUCCACAGUGAUUUUUAUUAUCAUUUCAUUAGUAGUAUUGAAAACAAAUUUGACUAAGAUUUUCAGUUUCAACAUCAAGAAUGCAAACUUCAGAACUUGAGCCACAUUUGUGUUCCUGGUCCAUGGCCUCUGUCAACCCUUCACCCAAUUUUGAGCAGUAUUAAAUGUGACAAACCUAGAGCUGCAGUCUUUGCAUCUUGUAAACUAGAACUUGUACAAAAGUCUGCUGCGGAGUCCAUCACUGUGUGCCUGGCACUGCAUAAAACCUGUACCCACUGUUCUAAGAUAACAAGUUUUGUUCAAUGUUUCUAAUAAUAACCUUUUAAAUAAACAAAAUUAAAGAUGAUCUAGAUUUGUAGUCUUUUUUGAACUGUAUUAAACCUAUUUUAAGACCAAUUGUUCUAUUACUAUGAUCUUGGUGAUUUUUUUUCACUGCUUCUGAUGUUCAUGCCAUACACCUUUUAUUUGUCAUAACUGUUUUAUAUUCAAGAACGUGUGGUUCCUACUCCAUUGCUGAAUCACCCCUCCCAUGCUGUUAGCUGGUAUUCCCACCCAGUAAUUUAAUUCUGGUGUACUGUAUUUAUUUAUGUGGGUACAGUAUAAUCCAAACCUACCUCUACAUGUUUGCCAAUAUUUGACAUUCCUUC